UUAUCCAUUUUCAUUAGGUGUUACGGAAUCUUGGAUUUACUCGUCUUUGAAAGAACUACAAAUUGACAAUAAAUUGCCGCAACAAUUGGAAGUAUUCUUUAGCGUUCGUAAAUAAUGGGUUGUGCUGAAAGUAAAGAUGGAGAUGAGCCACAAGGGAACCGGCCUAAGUACCGGACAUGUACUGAUCCAUUUUGGCUUGCAAUUUUUAUAAUCUUUUGGCUAUUUUUGAUUGUUAUAGCGAUAUUUUCCUUUGUUUAUGGAAAUCCAUUACGUGUCAUUAACGGUUAUGAUUCAUUCGGGAACACGUGUGGUGUAAAUCGCAAUGAAAAAUUUACGAACUUCCCCCUUUCCGGCAUGAACACGAUUGAUAAACCGCAGUUAUUUUAUUUUGAUUUUAAAAAUCCACGCCAGUCGAUUAAAAUAUGCGUAAAAGAAUGUCCCAAAAGGGAUAUUACAACAAAGGAAGAUCUCUUCAAAUACUACAUGGACACCCACACAAAAUUUUGUCGCUAUGAUUUCGUUAUGGAUACAUUACUCAAUACCAAUUCCAAGGAUACUGACACAUUUUUCAAUUAUUUGGGACCAUGCCCGAAACUUCCAAUCUAUGAGGAAUCUCCCGUUUUGCAUCGCUGUAUGCCAAAAGGCAAAAAUGCUGUUGAAUUGUAUAAGUUACUAAACUCAUGGGAUGUAGCUCAACAAUUUUUAGGGGAUAUAUAUUCUACCUGGCACAUUGUGGCUAUUAUAUGCGGUUUCGCAUUGUUGAUAUCAAUUGCCUUAGUGACACUUAUGCAUUGGAUGUCUCGCAUCAUUUCUUGGCUUAUCUGUGUUCUGGUUAUUGUGGCCAGUUUAGCUCUUACGGCUGCACUUUGGUAUGCCUACUAUAGCAUACGACACGAUGCAAAGGUAAACGCUCAAUACUCCAUGUUGGAGGAAUUUAUAAGGAACGAAGAUGCUGUCUAUAUACUCGCCAUAUUAGCUACUAUAACGUUGAUAGUUUUAGUGGUUAUAAUUUACUUCCUAAAAAAUAAACUAUCUGGGUUGUCGUCACUCUUUGAAGAAGCUGGCGUUUGUAUGAUGAAUUUGCCGGGUUUGUUGAUUGCCCCUCUACUGGCCUUUACUGUUCUGGCAGUGUUCCUGGCUUUUUGGGUGUUGGUGGUGAUUUGUAUUGCUACAGCUAGUGCGCCAGGCCAGAGUCCAAUUGCACCAUUCGAUAAUACAGCAGCUCAUCAACAGCCUUCACUAACAGAUAUUGCUCCACCGAAGAAUACCUCAGAAGUUAACUUAAAGACCAUUUUACGCGUAGAAUACACUGAAGCCAAGGCCAUACGCGGUAUGUUUUGGAUUUAUGUGAUUGGACUUAUUUGGACCACUGAAUUCAUUUUUGCAUGCCAGCAGUUUGCGCUCGCUGCUGCAGUUGCUUUUUGGUAUUUUCAAAAACCCACAUCCACUCCUACCACUUACGCCAUUGGAAAGCUACUGAAAUAUCAUUUGGGUACUGUAGCCAAGGGUUCGUUUGUGAUAACAAUUUUCAAAAUUCCUCGACUCAUUUUGACCUAUCUUUACGCCAAGUUUAAAAAGGGUUCAGACAAGGGGUCGGAAUGCGCAGAUUGCUGCUUGAAAUGCUGUAUUUGUGGUUUUUGGUUGCUUGAAAAAUUCAUACGGUUUUUGAAUCAUAAUGCAUAUACCGUUGUUGCUAUUGAGUCCAUAAAUUUCUGCCCGGCAGCGGGUAUUGCAUGGAAUGCUAUGGCAACAAAUGCGCUUCAAGUGGCAACAAUAAACAGCGUUGGCGACUUUAUACUUUUCCUUGGAAAAGUUUUUGUGGCAGCUAUUAGCGGUCUUAUAGGCAUUUUCAUGUUGAAAGAUCGCCCCGGACUGAAUUUUUAUAUGGCGCCAGUUAUUAUCAUCAUAAUUUUUUCAUUUUUCAUAGCGCACAUUGUUUUGACAUUGUUUGAGAUGGUGGUAGACACACUAUUUCUAUGUGUUUGUGAAGACAAAACAAUCAAUGGCCGAGGCGGUCGUUGGGCUCAAAGCAAUCUUGCUAAAUUGGUAGGCGAAGAGCCACUACAGCCCGGCGAAGAACCACCUAUACAAGUGGUGGAAAUGAUGCCCAUCAACAAAGAACCAUUCAGCGUAACUAGACUACCGCGCACUGAUGUCAUUGAUGGUGUCACUGAGUAAAAUCAAAAUUUACUAAAAAUGAAACACUCCAAUUUACAUUAUAUUCAACAGCAUGGCUUUGAUGUGCGCCAUCAUUAUUUUUAACUUAAGAUAUUUAUUUAGAUUUUCAUAUUUUUUAUAAUAUUUUAUACAGCGUACACUCAACAUAUUUUGCGAGGUACAUGAAGUAAAUCGAUUAGAAUGCAAUAGGGUUCAUAUACCUACCAAAGUAAAAGACAUUAAGUGCAUGCGUUCACUUAAGAACAAUUUCAGACUUGAGCUAAUUAAGAACAUUUAACUACUAUUCAUAAAAAAAUUCCUGUCAAGCAAAUUUAAUCAAUUCUCAUUAAGGUAAAUCUGUCUAUGCACAAUAUAGAAAAAAAAACUAGUAACUAAUUCGUACUAAAAUAUAAAUACUUUUCAAUAAUAAUGUUACAUCAUUUAUUUACCACAUUUAACUACGUACCUUAUUAUGAAGAACCAGUAAUAAAUAAGACAAUUAUUUACAAAUUAG